AUGAGGAAGAAGAAGCGGUUGUUGUCGUGGGACACUGCAGUUAAACGACAUCGUUUGGCCACUGAGAAACGCGUGGGUGCCAAGCGCGAUCUGUUGUUUGGAAGCUGUAUGGACACGUGGCAAAGAUGUGGUGUCACGUUUCGUGAUGGCGCGUGA